AUGGUGCAUGGGCAACGAGAUGGUGCAUGGGCAACGAGAUGGUGCAUGGGCAACGAGAUGGUGCAUGGGCAACGAGAUGGUGCAUGGGCAACGAGAUGGUGCAUGGGCAACGAGAUGGUGCAUGGGCAACGAGAUGGUGCAUGGGCAACGAGAUGGUGCAUGGGCAACGAGAUGGUGCAUGGGCAACGAGAUGGUGCAUGGGCAACGAGAUGGUGCAUGGGCAACGAGAUGGUGCAUGGGCAACGAGAUGGUGCAUGGGCAACGAGAUGGUGCAUGGGCAACGAGAUGGUGCAUGGGCAACGAGAUGGUGCAUGGGCAACGAGAUGGUGCAUGGGCAACGAGAUGGUGCAUGGGCAACGAGAUGGUGCAUGGGCAACGAGAUGGUGCAUGGGCAACGAGAUGGUGCAUGGGCAACGAGAUGGUGCAUGGGCAACGAGAUGGUGCAUGGGCAACGAGAUGGUGCAUGGGCAACGAGAUGGUGCAUGGGCAACGAGAUGGUGCAUGGGCAACGAGAUGGUGCAUGGGCAACGAGAUGGUGCAUGGGCAACGAGAUGGUGCAUGGGCAACGAGAUGGUGCAUGGGCAACGAGAUGGUGCAUGGGCAACGAGAUGGUGCAUGGGCAACGAGAUGGUGCAUGGGCAACGAGAUGGUGCAUGGGCAACGAGAUGGUGCAUGGGCAACGAGAUGGUGCAUGGGCAACGAGAUGGUGCAUGGGCAACGAGAUGGUGCAUGGGCAACGAGAUGGUGCAUGGGCAACGAGAUGGUGCAUGGGCAACGAGAUGGUGCAUGGGCAACGAGAUGGUGCAUGGGCAACGAGAUGGUGCAUGGGCAACGAGAUGGUGCAUGGGCAACGAGAUGGUGCAUGGGCAACGAGAUGGUGCAUGGGCAACGAGAUGGUGCAUGGGCAACGAGAUGGUGCAUGGGCAACGAGAUGGUGCAUGGGCAACGAGAUGGUGCAUGGGCAACGAGAUGGUGCAUGGGCAACGAGAUGGUGCAUGGGCAACGAGAUGGUGCAUGGGCAACGAGAUGGUGCAUGGGCAACGAGAUGGUGCAUGGGCAACGAGAUGGUGCAUGGGCAACGAGAUGGUGCAUGGGCAACGAGAUGGUGCAUGGGCAACGAGAUGGUGCAUGGGCAACGAGAUGGUGCAUGGGCAACGAGAUGGUGCAUGGGCAACGAGAUGGUGCAUGGGCAACGAGAUGGUGCAUGGGCAACGAGAUGGUGCAUGGGCAACGAGAUGGUGCAUGGGCAACGAGAUGGUGCAUGGGCAACGAGAUGGUGCAUGGGCAACGAGAUGGUGCAUGGGCAACGAGAUGGUGCAUGGGCAACGAGAUGGUGCAUGGGCAACGAGAUGGUGCAUGGGCAACGAGAUGGUGCAUGGGCAACGAGAUGGUGCAUGGGCAACGAGAUGGUGCAUGGGCAACGAGAUGGUGCAUGGGCAACGAGAUGGUGCAUGGGCAACGAGAUGGUGCAUGGGCAACGAGAUGGUGCAUGGGCAACGAGAUGGUGCAUGGGCAACGAGAUGGUGCAUGGGCAACGAGAUGGUGCAUGGGCAACGAGAUGGUGCAUGGGCAACGAGAUGGUGCAUGGGCAACGAGAUGGUGCAUGGGCAACGAGAUGGUGCAUGGGCAACGAGAUGGUGCAUGGGCAACGAGAUGGUGCAUGGGCAACGAGAUGGUGCAUGGGCAACGAGAUGGUGCAUGGGCAACGAGAUGGUGCAUGGGCAACGAGAUGGUGCAUGGGCAACGAGAUGGUGCAUGGGCAACGAGAUGGUGCAUGGGCAACGAGAUGGUGCAUGGGCAACGAGAUGGUGCAUGGGCAACGAGAUGGUGCAUGGGCAACGAGAUGGUGCAUGGGCAACGAGAUGGUGCAUGGGCAACGAGAUGGUGCAUGGGCAACGAGAUGGUGCAUGGGCAACGAGAUGGUGCAUGGGCAACGAGAUGGUGCAUGGGCAACGAGAUGGUGCAUGGGCAACGAGAUGGUGCAUGGGCAACGAGAUGGUGCAUGGGCAACGAGAUGGUGCAUGGGCAACGAGAUGGUGCAUGGGCAACGAGAUGGUGCAUGGGCAACGAGAUGGUGCAUGGGCAACGAGAUGGUGCAUGGGCAACGAGAUGGUGCAUGGGCAACGAGAUGGUGCAUGGGCAACGAGAUGGUGCAUGGGCAACGAGAUGGUGCAUGGGCAACGAGAUGGUGCAUGGGCAACGAGAUGGUGCAUGGGCAACGAGAUGGUGCAUGGGCAACGAGAUGGUGCAUGGGCAACGAGAUGGUGCAUGGGCAACGAGAUGGUGCAUGGGCAACGAGAUGGUGCAUGGGCAACGAGAUGGUGCAUGGGCAACGAGAUGGUGCAUGGGCAACGAGAUGGUGCAUGGGCAACGAGAUGGUGCAUGGGCAACGAGAUGGUGCAUGGGCAACGAGAUGGUGCAUGGGCAACGAGAUGGUGCAUGGGCAACGAGAUGGUGCAUGGGCAACGAGAUGGUGCAUGGGCAACGAGAUGGUGCAUGGGCAACGAGAUGGUGCAUGGUGCAUGGGCAACGAGAUGGUGCAUGGGCAACGAGAUGGUGCAUGGGCAACGAGAUGGUGCAUGGGCAACGAGAUGGUGCAUGGGCAACGAGAUGGUGCAUGGGCAACGAGAUGGUGCAUGGGCAACGAGAUGGUGCAUGGGCAACGAGAUGGUGCAUGGGCAACGAGAUGGUGCAUGGGCAACGAGAUGGUGCAUGGGCAACGAGAUGGUGCAUGGGCAACGAGAUGGUGCAUGGGCAACGAGAUGGUGCAUGGGCAACGAGAUGGUGCAUGGGCAACGAGAUGGUGCAUGGGCAACGAGAUGGUGCAUGGGCAACGAGAUGGUGCAUGGGCAACGAGAUGGUGCAUGGGCAACGAGAUGGUGCAUGGGCAACGAGAUGGUGCAUGGGCAACGAGAUGGUGCAUGGGCAACGAGAUGGUGCAUGGGCAACGAGAUGGUGCAUGGGCAACGAGAUGGUGCAUGGGCAACGAGAUGGUGCAUGGGCAACGAGAUGGUGCAUGGGCAACGAGAUGGUGCAUUGGGCAACGAGAUGGUGCAUGGGCAACGAGAUGGUGCAUGGUUGUGCAAGCCCCACGGAGAAGACAGCGUGGGGUGA